UCAGUUAGCAACAUGGCGGAUCCGUUGAGUCUGCUGCGGCAAUAUAAUGUCAAUAAAAAGGAGAUAAUUGAACGUGAGAAUCAGAUUAUAUUUGGCGAGUUCUCUUGGCCCAAGAAUGUUAAGACAAAUUACCUAACUUAUGGAUCCGGCAGGGAAGGAACACCCAAGGAGUAUUACACCCUCGAAUGUCUCCUUUUUAUGCUCAAACAUGUUCAGCUCACACAUCCAGUGUACGUACGGCAAGCUGCUGCGGAAAACAUACCAGUUGUGCGUCGACCCGACAGGAAGGACCUGUUGGCUUAUCUCAACGGCGAGACUGCUACAUCAGCCGCCAUAGACAAAUCUGCGCCUUUGGAGAUUCCGACACAGGUGAAACGUGCCGCCGAGGAUGGCCUGGACAGUGGCUCGUCGAAGAAACCGCGUUUUGAAGAGACCCAUGUGCAGAAGGUGAAGGAGCAGCUGGCGGCGCGUUUAGACGCGCCGAAGGAGGCGUCAGUCACCGUUGACAACAUCAAAUCACUGUCGGAGGCGAUGUCCGUCGAGAAGAUCGCCGCGAUCAAGGCGAAGCGCUUAGCUAAGAAGCGUACCACGAUCAAGGAAAACGACGACAUCGGCAUGGGCUCGGAUCUGCGCGUGAUCCUCGACAUGGACGUGGACGACACGAAAGACAUUGUGUCACGGGAGCGUCAGUGGCGGACGCGCGCCACCAUAUUGCAGAGCAGCGGCAAGAUCUUCGCGAAGAACAUCUUCGCGAUCCUCCAGAGUAUCAAGGCGCGCGAAGAGGGCCGGCAGAAGGGCCCGGCCGUGCCCACGCCGAUGGUAACGCCGCGCUCGACGCCGAUGCGCCCGCUGCCGCAACCGGCCGUCUACAAUCGCUACGACCAGGAGCGUUUCAUCCGGCAGAAAGAGGAAACCGAGGGCUUUAAGAUCGACACCAUGGGCACAUAUCACGGCAUGACGCUCAAGUCGGUGACCGAAGGCACAAAUCCGGCCGUGAGGAAACCACCGACCAAUCCGUCCACCACGCAAAACUCCGGUCUGCUGCCUACCUCCGCCGCCAAGCUCACACCCCAGCAGGCGGCGCAGAACAAACGGCCGAGCAGGACACCCAUCAUCAUCAUUCCCAGCGCCAACACGUCGCUCAUCACCAUGUAUAACUCCAAGGACAUUCUACAGGAUCUCAAGUACAUCAGCAACGAGGACAAGCGCGCUCAAGGCUGCAAGCGGGAGAACGAGGUGCUGCUGCAACGCCGUAAGGAGGGCGGCCUGACCGUGCCGUACAGGGUAGUCGACAAUCCACAGAAACUCACCAACGCCGACUGGGAGAGGGUCGUCGCAGUCUUUGUGAUGGGACCGGCCUGGCAAUUCAAAGGCUGGCCGUUCGAUGGUAAUCCAGUGGAGAUCUUUUCGAAAAUAUGCGCGUUUCACUUGAAAUACGAUGAGAUGAGGUUGGACGCAAACGUAGCCCGUUGGGCAGUCACAGUAAUCGAAUUGAGUCGGACAAAGAGGCACUUGGACAGAGCGGCGUUAAUGAUAUUCUGGGAACAUCUCGACAAGCAUAUGAUCAAGAACAAGCCACAUCUUCGUUUCUAAAGUCUUGACGCAAUUUGGACGCAAUUGGACUCGCGGGUGUUCUGAGUAUUUUUUAGGUAUUUUCAUAAAAAUGAAGAAGGAUUGUAUAUAUAAAAGACAGGGAAAGAGAGAGGGAGCAAGAGAGAGAGAGAGAGAGAGUGAGAGAGAAAAUGUAACAUUUAUGUAUGUAUAUAUAUAUAUAUGUAUGUGUAUAAUUAUAUAGUAUAAGUAUGAAUACGCGCCCUCAAACAUACCACGUGCAAAUUUCGAUUAACAUAGACACGCUACUUUCGGUGACACCCGACCACUUAACGCCGAAAGUACAGAAGAGACCACCUUUUUUUAAUCUUAAUGGAUUAAAAUCGUAAUUGUAAUAAUUUUUUUAGAUUAUAAUGAACUUAGUAGUGAGAAUUUCUCCAUUCAUUGUUUAAAACGGGCUUCAUUCGUCGUCGUCUUUAUCAUGAGAUCCAUCAUCCAUUUGUGAUUCAGCGCGUGCUCUAAAAGACUAUUAUGUCUCGUAGCAGCGAUUACAUUUAGUGCGAACUGAUGUGCCUGUUAUCAUAUAAUUAAUAAAAACAUCGAGAUACACGAA